AGCAAUUGGUGCUGUCCGAGCAACCGCGGCGCCGCCGUCGUCAACAGGCCGCGCGCCUUGCGCUCGGGUCACACAGAAGUCGAACGGCUGGAAUCGCUCGCUCGCGGGGCUUGCUGCUUAUCACCUAGCAGGAUGCGUCCCUCCCCCGCCCCCUCGGGUCUGACGGCCCGCAGAGGAGGGGAGAGCGGCUGCUGAGCGGGAACCGCCUGGCUUUCACCUGACAGAAACCUCGAGGUCCCUUUGACUUAGAUCCUGACUCAGAGAUGGAGGUAUCAGGUUCAUCUUCUAUCAUCUCUGAGCAGCAGCUGCGGAAACAGGAAGGACUAAGAAACACCAAAACUGACAUGGCCAAGCAGAGUCUCAUCUCGUCCGAGGCAUGGCUCCAGCUUCAUGGGCUUAAGAGCAACAAAUUGUCCUUGAAACAGAUUUUGUCACAAAUUGGAUUCCCACACUGCGAAGAUUAUGUGAUUUCUCUGGGGAGACUCGUGGCUUCCCGGUAUGCCGAGGGCCUGUUUCCACGGGUCUACAGAGCAGAAGAUGGUACAGCAUAUAAUUUGACAGCCAAAUCAGAACUGAUCUAUCAGUUUGUGGAACAUUUAACACAAGCUGUGGAGAGCUAUAAGCAGCGGAUGGACUGGCUCACCAGCGAAAGCCGGCAGAUUUUUGGUGUCAUCUUGGAACAGCACAUCACCAUAGUGCUAGAUUUGGGCGGCAUGCAGGAGGAGGAGCUCCGUCUGUGCCAGGACGCCCUAGUAAUGGUUUUCCGGGAGCAGGUGGCUCACAUAGCCAAGUUCAAUAUCAUACGGGCUUCUCAAGAGCCUGUGAAAUGGCAGGACAAUGCUGUUCCUGUGACGGAACAAUCCAUAGCUGCGGCCAUCAGUUGGAUUGAGAAUCUGACCUUUGAGCGUGCUCUGAGUCAGGCUAGCCACCUGGAUGCUCUGCUGGAAGCUGGGAAAGACAAAACUAUUGACUCCAUUUACUACUUUGUGGUGGGGGACGUUCCUGAGGAGUCUAAGCAGCUUCUCGUCCAGAUGACUUUGGAAAUCCCGUGUCCUGUCUGCACCGUGUCCUUCAAUGCCAGAGGAGAAGGCACUGUAGCUUUCUUAAAGGAUCUGAGUGCCAAGGCCCGUGGCAGAUUCCACGCGUUUGCAGAGAGAACAGAGUGUGUGGAAUUUCCUGAGUUCCCCCGAAGGGAUGGUGACAGUACAAUGACUUGGAAUUCAAGGAAACUAAAAGGAAAACCCCCUCCAGGAGCUGGGGUCCGCGAGGACGUGUUUCUCAUUUGGAGGGAGAUGGAGGAAGCCUGCGGCACCCUGGCCCAGAUCCAGAGGCUGCUGGCCACACUUCCCAAAUUCGGCAUGGCCACAACAGAGCAUGAAUCUGGAGCCACCUCUGUUCCGAACGAAUCAAAUCUAGAAGACACCUGGGACUCCAAGAAGUGGCUGCAGAAAUAUGGCUUAAAAGCCCAGAAACUGUCAUUUUAUGAUGUUCUUGCUGAGUGCUCCUUCCGCCACGCUGACGGAGUUGUUGAUAUAAAAACCAAACCUGAGAAUGAGUCCACGCAGACAAAUGCGGAGACCAAAAAGAAAACAGUCCAUGCAAAAUACUGUAGCAGAUUUAUCCACGCUCCUUGGAAGGAUGGGAGCUUGGUCCAUGUCUGCAUCACCAAGGAGAAGUGCACAUGGUACAGUGAGAGGAUUCACGCAGUCCUGGCCCAGAUCCAGAGGAGGAUUAAAUGGCUACAGGAUGGGAGUCAAAUCCUUUUUGGAAGAGUGCGGAACGAUUGCAUCUAUGUCCUUGUUGAUACGUCUCACUCAAUGAAAGACAAAUUGGUCUUCGUGAAGGACAAGAUUAUCCAGUUCAUACAGGAACAGCUGAAAUAUAAAAAGAAAUUCAAUUUUGUGCAGUUUGAUGCUCAAGCAGUUGCUUGGCAGGAAAAACUUGUUGAAAUUGAUGAAGAUAAUUUGAAAGGGGCUCAGUCAUGGGUGAGAGACAUUAAGAUUGGAAGUUCCACAAACACUCUAAACGCCUUGCAGCUUGCUUUUGCUGAUAAAGAAACACAAGCCAUCUACCUUCUGACAGAUGGCAGACCCGAUCAGCCACCUGAAAUGGUGAUAGACCAAGUCAAGAUUUUUCAGAAAAUUCCUAUUUACACCAUCUCCUUCAGUUACAAUGAUGAGAUUGCAAAUGGCUUUUUGAAAGAGCUUGCUUCCUUGACUGGAGGAGAGUUUCGUUCUUACAAUUUUGGCUUCAAAGAUCCCUGUCCUAUAGAGCCUGUUCAGAGUGAAGAUCUGACUCUUUUAAUUAAAGAAAUGGAGCAGGGACGCAGUGACCUGAAAAAGGUGCAAAACCUUUAUUCCGAGUCCUUGAUCAUGGACUGGUGGUACAAUGGAGAAAAGGGAAGAGACAAUAAGCAUCAAAAAGAAAUCUGUUCUAUGGUUUCAACCCCAGAAAAAUGUGUAAAUCCUCACUCCGAUGUCGAAGCAACACGGACGUCAUCCUUAAAUAUGGCAAAAUUACCAGAAGACCUUUCAAAUCAAAAGAUUCAGAAAAAGAAAGUCCUCCACGCAGAAUCAACAAAAACCAGCCUGCUUAGAAGCCAGAUGUCUACCUUCAAGAGCUCACCUUUCAGCGAAAGGAAGGAUGACCUUUACAGUUCCAGCAAUUGGAGCACUCCAAGUGACACAGAAAUGAGCAUCUUGUUGACAAAUGAGUAUCCAAAUGACAAACCAUUAGAAAGACUGACUCCAGAAGGAAGCCAAGUUUACGAUCAAGAUUCCUCAGAUAUAUCUUUAGCAAACUGGCUCAAGACCCAUGGUUUGGUUGCCAAGAAACUCACUAUCAUGGACGCCUUGUCAAUGACAGCCAUCCCUCACAGCCCCACCUACGUUCCAAUUUUGGACAAGCAUGUUGCUUCCAAGGUCUUUGAUGAGGUGUUCCCUCUGGCACACGUGUGCAGCGACACAAACAAGAUGACAUUAAUUAACCCCCAAGGAGUCAAGCUCAAUAUCUACAAGCAAAAAGUGGAACAGGCAAUUAAGUCCUACGAAAAGCGCUUGAAUAAAAUCGUUUGGCGCGCAUUAUCUCAAGAGGAAAAAGAAAAGCUAGAUGCAAACAAACCAAUGCGGUACUUGGAAAACAAGGCAGCUUUAAACAAGGCAUUAGAACGGUUGAAUUGGCCCAUUUCACUGAAAGAGCUGUCGAUGCUGGAGAAUGAAAUCCUAGCUGGGAAAAUGUACGUACAGCAGGCCAUGGAACUCCAGGAGGCUGCCAAGAAGGAGAAUUAUAUGAGCAGGGCACUAGGAGAGCAACAGAAGUUUCAAGGAAAUCCAACAAAGAAAACCAGAUCAAAAAAAUUGGAUUACCUUAAAGGCCAGAAGGUUAUUGCAAGAUGUGAUGAAAAUGGCUUUUAUUUUCCAGGGGUUGUGAAGAAGUGUGUGAGCCCCACCCAUGCACUAGUGGGCUUCAGGUAUGGAGACACCAAGGUCGUGCCCAUCUCCUUCAUCACGCCUGUGGGGGGCGCCAUGCCCUGUCCGCUGCUCCAGGUGGGAGACUAUGUGUUUGCCAAAAUAGUGACACCCAAUGGAUUUGAUUUCUAUGUCCCUGCCAUUGUCAUAGCACUUCCAAAUCAUGAUGUGGCCGAAGAUAAGUUCUACACAGUUUUGAAGUGUAACAACCGGAGAGAAUUUUGCCCUCGGAGUGCACUUAUUAAGAUCAGCCAGAACAAGUAUGCUCUCUCUUGCUCUCAUAUAAAGUCACCCCCAGUCCAGGAGGAUCCAAAAGUGGUGGACGUAGACAAGAACUCAGCUCUCCUAACAUGGCCCAUCAAAGGAGCUGACACUGCAGAUUUACAGGAGCUGAGGCAAGAGAACCCUAGAAGGAAGAAAAAGAAAUCUGCCAAGAGGCUGCCUCUGCAGGAGGUGGUGUCCUCGGACUCAGAAGAUCCUUCCCAUGACAACAGGUCCCAAGACUCCUACCCCAAGAGACACCCCAAGCCCAGGGUGGGAGGGGGACAAUAUCAUCAAAAACUCUUAACACCCUUAAAUAAUGCUGACAUCCACUUCCCCAGAGAAGGUCCCCUGCUGGAGGUCUGGGAGGCAGCUAGCCACACCACUGCUGCCACACCUCCACGAGCAGCCCCACCUUGCACUCAUAGAGCCACCCACAGCAGCAAAGGGCUGAGGAUCGUUGCCAGGAAACCUUAAAGAAGUCUAGUGGCAGCUCUGUGUAAGAGAGCCAGCGUUCCCCCAGGGCUGCCCAGACCUCAGCCCUCCGACACUGCGGACCUUGCCCCUCUGCUGAGGUAAGGCUGCCCGCCUUGUUCUGCCCCUGCCCACCCUGUCUAACAAAGGUAGACUGCCCUGCCACCCCCACCUGGAUCUCCUGCCUGUUUGAGCUCUUGGUUUUGUCUUUCCCCGACCCUUCUUUAUCUUGUUCUUUCCCAUCCUCACAGAACUGUGCUCAAUCUUCUGGUAGAUUCUCCACAUCCAGAAGUUCCAUCUGACAGGUUACUGUCAUAAGAUUUUCAAAUUUUUUGGAAGUCAGUUAUAAUCACAAGCCUGAGUCUCGUUUUAAGUCGAUUAUCUCAUAUGAAUUAGGGAUUUUGUCACUUAGUGUUAGGACUGAAAUUGAGCCCUAUGAACUUGUAGGAGAACUACAAGACUAAAUAUACCCUAUUUUACUGUUAAUCAGGAAAUUUUUAUUGAGCCCUUCCUAAUUAUUUUUGUCUGUAGUCUGUUGUAGGUACCUCUAAUUGAGCACAGAGCCAGAAUAAAAACUCUUACAUUGGAAACAUUUCAAAAUUA